AGUAUUCUGAGGAAGAGAAGCGAUCAUCUAGACGUUGUUUGAGAUGGGUUAAAUUUUGUCACUUAUAUUUGUGUGUCUGUGUGGUUUAUUCCCAAAUGGCCAUGGAUACGUAUCGUUUAAAUUCUGGAUAAAAUGGAAACUGUUGUUUUAACGCGUAUAUGGAAGCUCGAUCAAUCAGCGCCGUAAUGAUGUGCACUGCUGUUACCAGUAGUCCCUCGCCCCCUCGGCCUGUAAAUUCGGCUUCUGCAUCUAAAUCAUACGAUUAUUUACUGAAAUUUCUCCUCGUUGGAGACAGUGAUGUUGGAAAAGAAGAACUAUUGUCAGGGAUGGAGGACGGAGCGACUGAAUCACCCUACGGAUACUCAAAUUGUGGGAUUGAUUAUAAAACGACAACGAUUCUGUUGGAUGGCAAAAGAGUAAAGUUGCAACUGUGGGACACAUCUGGACAAGGGAGGUUCUGUACCAUCCUAAGAUCUUACUCACGAGGGGCACAGGGAAUUCUGCUGGUAUAUGACAUAACAAACAGGUGGUCAUUUGAUGGCAUAGACAGAUGGAUCAAGGAAAUCAACGAGCAUGCACCGGGUGUACCGAAGAUCCUGGUCGGAAAUCGUCUUCAUCUCGCCUUCAAACGUCAGAUCAGUGAAGCUACGGCAGAGGCUUAUGCUAUUAAGAAUGACAUGGCUUUCUUUGAAGUCAGCCCACUGUGUGACUUCAAUGUAACGGAGUCGUUCGCUGAACUGUCUCGACUUGCUCUCAAGAGAAACGGCAUGAGUCGGGCAUGGGGGCACAAUAAAGUUUUGAGUCUUCAAGAAUUAGCCUGCAGGACGAUAGUUUCCCGGACUACCAUAUAUGGCAUUGAACAACUUCCUCUCCCACAUGCACUGAAAUCCCACCUGAAGUCAUAUGCACUGACGAACAAAACAAGGGCAAGGAUGCUUAGUUUUGUGCACAGAGACAAACACAAAAAAGUGAAAUAUUUGAACCCUUGUGACUCUCCACCAAUGAACUGCCGAAAGAGCUGCUGUAUCAGCUAGCACUGAACCACGUUCUUUCUGUGUCGUCAUUUCAUUCAAGAGUUCAUUCCCCUGAUGACCUUCACCUCAUUGCUGUCUCAUCGUUGUUGUCAUGUGACUGUUUUCAUUUGCAUCAUUUCAAGCUGACUGAGCUUCGUUAUGCAUCAGUGCUUGCAAGCCAAUUUAUUUCAUCCAUGUUCGUGCUACAGCUGUGAUUUUUGUUUGCUUUUUUUCAAUAUUUUUUUUGUACAGUUUUGUAUGUGAAUGUAAAAUGUUCGAAGGGACAGAACAUCCGUGUAAUAUAGUGACUUGAUUUGAACCACAUGCUCAUAAGGACUGUGAAGAAUUUGAAAUAACGAAACCUUGGUAAUAACCUACCUCGAUAAUCAAGUGCUAUAGGAACAGAGUAUAAUCAUGUAUGGAACAUUGUGUUUUCUUGUGUUGAUAUGAACAAUACAAACAUUCAAAGAUGACAAUCCUUUGUAAAAGUUUCACUGAUUUUGAAUUAACUGGGUCUUUUCUGUUAAUCAUUUUGACCCUCGGAUCUUGCAGUUCAGCGGAAUUAAUUUUCGUAUUGCUGAACAUAUGCAUGUGUAAAUCUGUAUUGUGUUUAACUGCUAUUGUUCCUGCUUAUACAGUGAACACCACGGUCCGCAGAGUAAAGGGAGAUAACUUGUGGUGUGAGCUUGGAAACUUGUAUUUUCGAAGUUUUUAAUGUUAGUGUAGGUGAGA